UCGGACGGCGGCGGCGAGUGGCUCAGCGUGGGCAAGGGCUCCAAGGUGUCGACCACGCGCACGAUGGCGGUCGCGUCGUCGCCGGUGCGCGCCAUCUUCUCGGGCAUGGUCUGCAACCGCGUCGAGGCCCGGGAGGACGAGGAUGGCAAGGUCGCCAAGCCGUCCAACACGAUCGAGCCCUUCACCUGCCUCAACCUCGACAUCGACCGCGCCGCGAUCCGCUCGCUCGACGACGCGCUCGACGCCUUCUUCGACAAGCAGUCGCUCGAGGACUUCAAGAUCCGCGGCAAGUCCGCCUCGGCCUCGAAGCAGCCGCUGCUGCAGGCGCUGCCGUCGGUCCUCGUCCUCCACCUCAAGCGGUUCACCUACGACCAGCACGGCUCGCACAAGGUGCUGCGGCACCUGUCCUUCGAGCAGACCCUCCGGGUGCAGCGAUCGCACCUCGCAGACGGCUGCGCGGGCGCGCGCCCAAAGGCGGCGCCCGCGUACACGCUGGUCGCCGUCGUCGCGCACCACGGCCACACGCUCGGCGGCGGCCACUACACGUGCGACGUGCACGUGCCGUCGGCGGGCGGGGGCACGUCGGAGUGGUACCACUGCGACGACAACCGCGUGCGCAAGGUCAAGGCCUCGGACGUGAUGCAGCGGCAGGCCUACGUCCUCUUCUACGAGCGCGCGGCCGACAGCUAG